AAUUCAAACUUCCCCAACACCCAACCUCUCUCUCCGCAUCUAUAAAUCCCUCUCAAAAUCUCAACCCCAUACAUCUAACUUCUCUCCCCACUACCCUCAAAUAUCUGCCAAGAUGGCACGCAGUAUAACUUUAUUCCUCCCCUUCCUACUUGCUGGAAUAAUCUCCUCCGCCACCGCCCAGAACUGCGGUUGCUCGCCGGACCUCUGCUGCAGCCAGUGGGGCUACUGCGGCACCGGCAGCGACUACUGCGGCACGGGCUGCCGCGAGGGCCCAUGCGAGUCCUCGCCGCCCCCCAACGAUGUCUCGGUCGCGGAUAUCGUCACGCAGCAAUUCUUCGACGGAAUUAUUAAUCAGGCGGAUAACGGGUGCGUCGGCAAGAGCUUCUACACAAGAGCUGCGUUCCUUGAUGCUCUCGGCUCCUACCCCAACUUUGGCCGGGAUGGGACAGUGGAUGAUUCCAAGAGGGAGAUAGCAGCCUUCUUCGCCCAUGUCACCCAUGAGACUGGACAUUUCUGCUACAUAGAAGAGAUCGACGGCGCGUCGAAGGACUACUGCGAUGAGACCAACACACAGUGGCCAUGCGUUCCAGGGAAGGGGUACUACGGCCGUGGCCCAAUUCAGCUAUCCUGGAACUUUAACUACGGUCCUGCGGGAAAAAGCAUUGGAUUCGAUGGCUUGAAUUCACCUGAAACCGUGGCUAAUGAUGUUGUUAUAUCAUUCAAGACAGCCUUGUGGUAUUGGAUGACCAACGUGCAUUCGCUCAUAACUUCUGGCCAAGGGUUCGGGGCCACGAUUCGAGCCAUCAAUGGAGCUCUUGAGUGUGAUGGCAAGAACCCGGAAACAGUUAAUAAACGCGUUGGAUACUACCUGGAUUACUGCAAGCAAUUUGGUGUGGCUCCAGGAGACAACCUUACUUGUUAGAUGCUUUUAUGAUUUACCUAGCUCCAACUCCAUUGCAUGUUAAAUGGAGGGGAAUACAUAUUAAUUUGAAACUAUUGAAUAAAGGUGUGGCUACCUACCUAUUCCUUGUAGCUCCAAGUCCAUUGCAUAUUAAAUGGAGGGGAAUAAAUAUUAAUUUGAAAUUAUUGAAUAAA